ACCAGCUAAUAUAAUUGCCUACCUCAAUGAAAUUAAAAAAAGAAAAACAGAAAUCCAAUUUUUUGAAAGCAAUGUGGCUCUGAUAACAUUGUAGAUACAUUAAUUUUAAAACUACAUAUUUAUUCCAUGAUCAAAGUCCAUUCAUUUACAAAAUAUUGAACUAACACUAUGAAAAUUUUACUGAUUAUCUGUACAAAAAAAUAACAUCCAGAAAGCAAAAAUUUCAUGGCUGUAUUGCAAAUGUGUUUCUCAUUUCUUGAGCUUAUGGAUGCAACUUAAAUCAUUUGUAAUCAUGCACUGUAAAACAGAAUAGUUGAUUCCUGAUGCACCCAUGUUAUUACAUACUCUAGGAUUUGUUGAAAUGAUUUAGUAUUUGAAUAUCUGUCAAUAGGACACACUAAUUUUCAUGAAAUUCAAUUGUGCUACAAAGCAGACCAAACAGAAAAAGUACUAACAAGGGAUAAGCUGCACAAUUCUUAAAAUCUAGCCCUCAAAAAGAAAAAAUAUUAAGGUAAGGGAUUGAUCAUGUGUUUGAUGCAACCCAGUUCAAUUAAGGAUUUCAUUUUGCCACAUUAGCUUUCUCAACAAGUUGAUUGUGCUUAAAUUUGUUCUAACAAAAACUGAGUUUUCAGAGUCUGUCACCAACAUAAAAAAAUCACCUGAUCAACAGGUGGCCAACUAUCACCUGUUAUCUUGUCAGUUUUAUUUUGGUAACAUCCAAUUAACCAUUCUACUUAAACACAAAAUAUAUCAUUGUAAACUUCACUCUCCUUCACAUUCUAAGCUUAUUUGCCUCAAAUUUGAAGAGCACUGAAUACAUAGACAGCUCUGAUAGUUUUGGAAACUUGUUUUUGCUUCUUUAAAAGCCUAAAAGUCAAACUUUCCUUUUCAAAACUACCACACCCAAACUCCACCCAAAAUGUCAAGCCAUGAAGCAGAUGUAAACAGUAAAAUCUUGGUUCAACUAUGAAAUGAAGUAAACAAUGAACAGGGCUGGAAGUCCACACCCUGAGUGCUGUAACACGCCUAUAAAAAGGCAGGGUGCUUAUACAACAAAACAUUUAUACAGUACGUUUGACUCUGUGAUGAGAAAGGCUGUGGAUGGAGUGGCAUCAGAGUAGAGUGAAGAAAGAUUUCUGAUCCUAGAUUCCUAGAUUUCUUGAACUGGUUAUGGCUGCAGCUCCCGGCUUUCCCACUUACAAAUGGUGGGAAACAGAUGACAAGACCAAAAGGCUUUACACUGAGCUACUUGCAGAAAAGCUGUCCAGCCCACGAAAAUCAGUUGCCACUACUCUCAGCAGAAAGCCCUCCAAUGGGAAAGAUGCAAGGUCUCAGCUAACAUCAUCUCCUAAACAUGAUAUCCCCAAAGUCAAUUUUAGCUGUGAUGAAAGAAAUUCCAGGAAAAGCAAAGAAGAAAAAGGUGAAGGAGAAGACAAGAGUGGAAAGUACACUUUUGAAACCAUUACCAUAGACACACUUGCUAAGUAUGAGUACAUCAAAAGUCCAAGAAAGCGAGCUGCUAGCACAGUACCUGUGAGUUUCUUUGAAUCAGCAGAGAGUCCAGACAGCAAAGGAAUUAAUAAAGCUGCUACAAGUGGUUACAAGGAUAAUAGAGAGGUUGGUGACAAACUGUUGGUAUCAAAAGUAUCAGAGGACUUCAAGGAAGGAAAAACUGCUUCAUUUUCAAAUGGGCAUUUUCUUAUUUCACAGAAGUUUACAUCAACAAAAAAUGAUCACGAAUUGCAAGGACUAAAGAAGGAUGGUGAUGCAAAAGAUGAUUCCAGGAAAGGAGCUUUGAUGAAGAAAGAGAAGCCUUCACGUGCUAAACUAGCAGAAAUCCCUGAAUACACCUCCUCUGAAUCUAGCGAGAGCUCAGCAGACGAAACAGUGCUUCUAGGAGCAGGAAAUAAUGCAAAGAAACCAAUAACAGCUCUGAUGUCAAAAGAAUCACAAGACAACAAGAAAACUGGAGAAGCUGACAAACCUUUAAAGAUUGAGGAGCUCAGCACAAAGUUUCAGUAUUUAAGCGAGGAAGUUGCCCAACUAGAGUUUAAAAUGUUUGAGUUCUCUGAUGACAUAAAGAAGUUGAAACAAGCUAUGGGAUUUCAAGAUACCAAAGUUGAAAAUUGUGAAAAGGAAAAAACAAGCACCAAAGAGCCACCUGUUGUGAAGAAAAACGAGUAUGGAAUGACACGCUCAAAAAGCUUCACACAUGCUGAUAAGUUCAACAGCAAGGCUUUACUGAUGAAGCAGAAUGCUUCACCAAGCAAGAUGCUGGCAGCUAAACCUGGUGGGCUUCUUUCAGAAAAAUUACCAUUGGAGGGUACAAGCAAAGAGGAUGCCAUUGCUGAGUUGAAGAAGAAUGGAGCCUUGACUGAAAUCAUCAACAAAAUAAAGGUGCAAGAAUUCAGUGAAGAUGAGAUUCAAGAAAUAUUGAGAUGUGCAAAAGAUAAGUACAUGAAGAAGCCAAAUUAGAGGAACAAGAUGAGAACAAGGCAACACUUGGAAGAAUGAGCAAAUGAAUGCUAUUUUUAAAUAUACAGCAAAAACAAAAUUAAUUCAGGGUAAAACAUGCUUGUUCAAACAUUUUCAACAAUGACAUGUAAGCUCUCAUUUUCUAGAGAAAUAGAAAGGUGUGAAAGAGUAAAUCAU